UGACUGGAGUUAAAAGGGGACACCUAGAUAGUCUACAAGUUAUUUGUCCUUUUGAUUACAUCUAAAAUUCCCUUGUUGAAGGAUAAAUACUUUUUGAGAUGUCGUUCUUAUUGGCUGCUCUGGAUAAGCUCACCUACUUUCUGUCUCUGAUAGCGUUUUGUGUCAGCGUGUCAUACAGCUGGCUGAAAUGAGAACUCGUUCACUUGGUCUAAUCUGGGUUUGCAAAAUGUAUACCUCUUUUGCGCUUUUGACCGAUUGCAUAUGAGAAGUGCUGGCCAUUUGGUUUGGGAUGUGUAUGCCUUACACCUGCAUGGUUUGGAAGCUGACCACUCUGAGUGUAGAUUAGUGAGAGACUGACCCAUAUAAGAGGAAAAGGAUGGCACAGUGCAGACUGCUGAGAGUGUGCCAUGUUCUAGUGCUGGCACUGUGUGUGUCUGCUACUGAGGAUUUUGACUGGACAAGGAAUGAAAAGGGAUCCUUCUACUAUGGAACCUUCCCCACUGGAUUCUCUUGGGGUGCUGGCAGCUCAGCGUAUCAGACAGAGGGAGCAUGGGACAAAGAUGGCAAAGGGAUGAGCAUCUGGGAUGCAUUCUCCCAUAAAAAAGGCAAAAUCUAUCUGAACGACACCGGCGACUCCUCCUGUGACGGCUACUACACAGUCAAGGAGGACAUCAGGCUAAUGAAGGACAUGAAACUGAACCACUACCGCUUCUCUAUUUCCUGGCCAAGGAUAAUGCCCAAAGGAAUAAAGUCUGACCAAAUCAAUGAGAAGGGAAUACAGUACUAUGACAACCUGAUCAGUAUGCUGCUGGAGAAUCAGAUUACCCCUAUUGUAACCCUCUAUCACUGGGAUCUGCCCCAGGUUCUAGAGGAGAAAUAUGGUGGGUGGCAGAACAGCAGCAUGAUCAAUUUCUUUAAUGAUUAUGCCAACCUGUGCUUUGAGAGAUUUGGCAGUCGUGUAAAAUAUUGGAUCACGUUCAACAACCCAUGGUCAAUUGCAGUUGAGGGCUAUGAGACUGGUGAACAUGCUCCUGGACUGAAACUGAAAGGCACUGGCGCCUAUAAGGCUGCCCACAACAUCAUUAAGGCACAUGCAAAAGUUUGGCACACUUACGACACCCAGUGGCGAAGCAAGCAAAAAGGUAUGGUGGGCAUCUCCCUAUCUGGUGACUGGGGAGAGCCAGUGGACAUCACAAACCAGAGGGACAUUGAAGCAGCAGAUCGAUACAUGCAGUUCUACUUGGGCUGGUUUGCAACACCACUCUUCAAUGGAGACUAUCCUCAAGUGAUGAAAGACUAUGUAGGCAGGAAGAGCGCUCAGCAGGGCCUUGGCAGCUCCCGCCUGCCCACUUUCAACCCACAGGAGAAGAGCUACAUCAGAGGCACCUGUGACUUCCUGGGCAUCGGCCACUUCACCACUCGCUACAUCACACAAAAGAACUACCCAUCUAUCCGCGGGAACAGUUACUUCACUGACCGGGAUUUGGCUGAGCUAGUGGAUCCACAAUGGCCUGAUCCUGGAUCUGAAUGGCUCUACUCAGUGCCUUGGGGCUUCCGUCGCCUGCUCAACUUUGUGAAGAGUCAGUACGGAAACCCUAUGAUUUAUGUGACAGAAAACGGCGUCUCAGAGAAGAUGGUGUGCACAGAUCUCUGUGAUGAAUGGAGAAUGCAGUAUUUUAAGGAUUAUAUCAAUGAAAUGCUUAAAGCGGUUAAUGAUGGCGUAAAUGUGAAAGGAUACACUGCGUGGUCUCUGCUUGACAAGUUUGAAUGGGACGAGGGCUACUCUGAAAGAUUUGGUCUGUAUUAUGUGGACUUCAGGAGCAAAAAUAAACCACGCUACCCAAAAGCCUCUGUUCAGUACUACAAACGCAUCAUCAGCUCCAACGGCUUUCCCAAUCAGAGAGAGAUUGAGAGCUGGAAAAGGAAGGCAACAGAAACAUGCACCUCCAGUAAUCAGCUGCUAGCAGCAGAUCCACUGACCAGCCACAUGGAGAUGGUGACAGAGAUUGUAGUUCCCACUGUGUGCACCCUCUGUAUUCUCAUCUGUGCUAUUUUCCUCAUGUUCCUGCUAAAAGGUCGCUUCUAAGCCACGUCUCCUCUUCACAACUGUUUCUAUAUCUCUUUCCUGUCUCUUCAGUACCUUCCUCCCUUAUAUGUGGUCUCUGAAGCUGAGUCCUUAAGCUAAGUCUUAAGUUAUGCGUGAUUCUGGUACUGAGACUGCUGUACGCCCAUCAAGCAAUAAUGUCUUUAUAUGAUAUUACUGAUGGCAAAGUAACGACAGGAGGCUACAUGUGUACAUGUUAAUGCAUUGCUGGAAAAUGUCCUGUUGGAAAACAACCACAAUACACUCCAGUUUCUCAGUGGAUAGUUAGAGGUUUGGUGAUAUGAGGUGAAAAUGGGUGGAUGAACUAAACUGCAUACAUUAACAGCAAGUCUGUUUUUUGUUGUAAAGCACCUGAAGCACAGUGGGGAAAAGCAAUUCUGUGACAUAACACUGAUAGUGGAUAUAAGUGGAUGUAAUGCAUGGUAAAACAUAAUACUGGUAAUAAGAAAAUAUAUAUCAUCAAUAAAGGUCUUAACCCUGUGAUUCACUUUCUAUGCAUAUGUAUUGCAUGACUGGACACAAGUGCACCCACUCAACGUAUCCUUCAAUCAGUUGGGUCAGUUAUGACAGGUAGGCUACAUUUCUCGGAGUAGUCUACACUGAGAAGUCCUGAAAAUGGAAAAUCCAAAUAUACCACGAUGUUUACGUUACGUUUGCUUUAAUAAA